AUGGGGUCUGAUCCCAUAGAAGUUGAGGUUGAGAAAGAGAAACCACAGGGAUGUGAUUUGCUCAUUGAUUUUGAACAUCCCAAUGACCCUCGAAUCCCCCAAAACUGGCCACUGGCCAAGAAAAUUCUUGUAGUCGUGAUUUUAUCCGUGUUCAAUCUCAUUGGAACAAUCAGCAGCAGCAUCAUGGGCCCUGCGCAGAAAAGAGUCGCUGAGCAAUUUGGGGCCAACCAUGAAGUAGCGAUUCUUUGCACUACCUUGUUUAUGGGGGGAUACAUCUUCGGGUUUCUCACAUUCGGCCCACUUUCAGAAAAGUUCGGCCGCAAAUGGCCUUUGAUUGGUGGCGUCGCAAUAUGCUCCCUUCUGGAACUUAUGCCUGCGCUUGGCACAAAUAUACAAACUAUUGUCAUUGGUCGUUUGUUUGCUGGGUUUUUUGGGGUAUCUCCAGUGGCUGUUAUGGGAGGCAUCACAAGCGACUGUUUUACGUUGGCCCACCGCAGUAUCGCCAUGCCUAUCGUGAUUUGCUUGUUCUUCUCUGGCCCGACAUUUGGACCGAUAGUUGGGAGUGCUAUCGUCGGAUCGUCACUGAGUUGGCGCUGGACUAUCUGGGUAAUGUUAAUUUGUGGGUUGGGAGUUUGCGCUAUAGCAGCCUUUGUCUUUCCAGAGACCUAUCCCCCCGCCAUUCUUCGAAAGGAAGCCCAAUUAUUGCGCAAAAAAUAUAAAAACCCUGCCAUCCGCUCAGCACUGGAAAAGGAAACCUCCGGAAUUCAUGAAUUUGCACGGGUAUAUCUCCUGCGGCCUUUCUGGCUCUUCGCUACUCAGCCUAUCCUGGCCCUUUUGACCAUUUAUCACUCGUUUCUCUACGGAGUUCUUUUCCUCUUCUAUCAGGCUUAUCCCUAUUACUUCGGAGAGAUCCGUGGUUGGAAUACCAGUGUCGACACUCUGCCUCUUCUUGGGAUAAUCACUGGGGUUUUCAUUGGCACUUUGGGGAUUAUAAUUUAUAACCAGGCCUACUUCAGACACCACUGCUAUACUUCCGAUGGAACUUUCAUUCCAGAAGCCCGGCUACCACCAAUGAUACUUGGCGGAGUGCUCAUCCCUAUUGGGAUAUUCUGGUUUGCUUGGACAGCACAACCAAACGUCCCAUGGCCAAGUCCUCUCUGUGCAGGCCUUUUCAUGGGGUGUGGUAUGUACUUGCUCUUCAUUCAAGGUUUUAUUUAUAUUGUGGAUUGUUAUACAUCAAUGGCGAACAGUGCAAUGGGAAUCAACGGGUCAAUGCGCAGCGUAUUUGGGGCUGUCUUUCCUCUUUUUGCCACCCAGAUGUUUGAGAAGCUUGGUGUCCCCUAUGCGACAACAAUUCUGGGUGCUGUGAGUGUCUGUCUGAUUCCAGUUCCUGUUUGCUUUUGGUACUGGGGAGGUCGCAUCCGAGCCUGGUCCUCUACCAAAGUAUAA